UCCAUAACUCAAAAACUCUCUUCUGAAAUCCCUAUCUCGAAUUCUACAUUCCACAAUAUUUCCGAUAUCAAUCUCCGACACUUUACUCUAAACUUCUUUGCGUAUCGGAUAUUUCGUUCUUCUCAAAUCUGAUCGGACCAUGGAUCUCGGCUGCUUGGACUUGUGCUGCAUCUCUGUGUCGGACAAGCAAGGCACCGAGGCUACCCUUGCCAGUUCGGAGAGCCGAGAAGAUACCGCCACAGCGAGUUCGAAGAUCGGCAAGAAUAAAUCGCCAAAAGAGACUGCGCAAUCAACAUCGAAUAUUCUUAACAAAUUUACAUCACAAAUCAAGAAGCCUUCUCACCGUAAAAGUUCUCCUCUCAACUGGUUCCCGCGCACAAAAGUGGACUCGUACUUAAAAAGAAAAAUAAAAAUGCUGCAGGAAGUGGACGGCAUGAAUUUAACACUUGAUGAGACCCUAGGUGAUGCUAAUCCACAUUACUCAAGAGUUCUGAGAGAAAAGAUGGCAGCUAGAGAAGCUGCACACAAGGCAAUGGAAGCUCGAAAAGCUGCUCUGGUUGAAGCAUCUUGGUGUCGAAUACUACGAGCAGCCAGGAUCCAAAAUAAAGAUGCUGAAGCCCAGUUGCUGAAAGCUGAGAAGUCAGCAGCUGCAGCUUUUGAAGCAGCCACAUCCAUAGGAGUUAUCAUGUAUGACAUACCAAAUUGCCCUCGGAAGCCUUGUCAAAUAGAGACAUCCUCAGUUAAUGGAGGAGGAUCUGCUAAACAUAAAGUUACGGCAUCUUUUGAAACUGCAUUUGAGGUAGAUAUAGAAGUAGCUGCAGCAGUCAAAAUUGCAUUAAUUAGGCUUGCAAAUUGUGCUACUUUUAAUAAAGACGAAUUUGAAGAACUGCUGCGAAAAAUCAGUCAGAACCCAGAUACAGGUGAAAAUAAUCGGGAAUUAUCAGAGUUUUCUUCGGAAUGUGAAUCAGAGUCCGAGUCAGAACUUGAAACUGCAUCUUUAAAAGAUGAUUUUAGCUGUCAAGAGUUUGACUGUAAUCUGCCAGCUCCAGAUAUGAGACAGAGGAAAAACAGGAAAAGGCUGUCUUUUGAAAGGUUUAAUACAACAAAGCUCGUGGAGAUGAUGCUUGAGAGGCUCAGAUGUUUGCAAGAAGAUGAACUUUCUUCUCUCGCCACUAUAGUUGCAACUUGUGGUUUAAAUGCUGCCUUGGCUGAAGUAACAAAUAGCAAGGCGCACGAUUCAACUGCUUAUAGCUCCAAUCCAGCACCUAAUCUUCCGCGAAGAAUGUCUUCUAUGGGAGCAGGAAACCAUGAGGUUUCCAUGGAUGGGCAUACCAGAAGGAAGCAAGUUGAGUCAGAACUCCCAAGUCUUGACAAGUUUUUGGUUAAGCACAUGACCAAACUGGAAAAAGAGGUAUGGGAAGCAAAAAAUAGCAGAAAUAAUGAGUCUGGAGAAGGAACUGGGAAGAAUUCUGAUAGAACUGCUGUUGGCGAGGUCAAUUUAGAUAAUGAUGUAGCUGUAUCCGAGACCAUUCCAGACUUUGGUAGUAUUCUUUUGAAGCAUUCCAGUAAGCUUGAGAAAGAGAUUGAAGAGGCAAAGAAGAGAUCAGGAAGAGAAUUUGAAACGGAUUAUAAGAAGUUGCACAAUGAUAGAUCUUCAUCUGAAGCUGUUCCUGAUCUGGGAACAAUACUAAUUAAGCACUGUUCAAAACUUGAAAAGGAAAUUGAAGAGACCAAAAAGAAUAAUGGAAAAGCAUUUGAGAUGAAUGGCAAAAAAUUUGGAAGAGUGCAAAAUGGGGAUGUUGGUCACACAGAAGAAGAUGUUCCUGAAGUCCCCAGCUUAGAGAAGUUCCUAGUGAAACGUGUCUCGAGACUUGAAAAGGAGGUCCAAGAAGCAAAGAACAGAAGAAAAAAUGAACCACGUAAAGGGGGCAGAGUCACUAACAUGAAGACAAAAUUUGAUUCAUCUGCUUCAGAUGCACAACUGGAAAAAACUACAUAUUCUGAUGGAGGAGCAGAGCAAAAGGAAAACAUUGACUCAAAUAAUCAAAAGGAAUGUACUGGGGAUACAGGUGAGUCUCCAUUGCAGAUUGGACAGGUGAAUCUGAAUGCUGGAGAUGUGAAGAUUGAAACUGAAGAUCAGAUGGAAGAUAGCUUAGACAAGAUCUUGGUCAAGCCAUUGCACAAGUUGGAAGGGGAAAAAAUACAGGCCUUGCCAUUGGGAAGCAAUUAUGGAAGUCAUCGACACCAAAAGAAACAGGCAGGAAACAGUGUUACAGACUGUGAGAGCUUGGAUAAAAUUUUAGUAAAGCAUGUUUCCAGACUGGAGAAAGAGAAGAUGAGGUUCAGUUCAAAGGAGGAAAUGGUGAAGGUGAAGAAGUCAUGUGAAACAAAAGUGCAAUCGCACUUGAUGAAUCCAGAAGGUGGUCUGGACCAAAUUUUGGUUAAACAUAAAUCAAGACUUGAGAGAGAAAAGCUAACUGCAGCUCAGCAACCAGAUGACCAGAUUAAGCACUCUAAGGUUCGUAGAGAAGCAAGGGAGAGAGAGUUGCAAGAAGCAUGGGGAGGCUUAAGUUUAGGGAACUCAAUGAAGUCAAGUGAAACAAAAGUGCAACAAUCGCACAUGAAUCAAGAAGGUGGUCUGGACCAAAUUUUGGUUAAACACAAAUCAAUACUUGAGAGAGAAAAGCUAGCUGCAGCUCAGCAACCAGAUGGCCAUAUUAGGCACUCUAUGGCUCGUAGAGAAGCAAGGGAGAGAGAGUUACAAGAAGCAUGGGGAGGCUUAAGUUUAGGGAACUCCAUGAAGCCCCAUCUCUCGAAAUUGGAACAAGAUAAGGCUGCUUGGAUAAAAGCUGAGGAAGAGGAAAGGAAAGAAGCUAUCAAGGACAUGUAUAUGAGGCAAAACACACUCAAUUUCAAUGAAGAAAAUACAUUACGGCACUGCUGCCUCCAAACCGAUACUCCUGACGAGAGCCAGAGGAGGCGGAUGGCGCCGAAUCUGUCGAGGAGAACGAACACCAACCAGGCGGUGGCAAGGAAGCAGAUGGGCUCAGCGAUUGCUCUGAAUUCUGAUCACUGGGCGUGGGCGUAAAAGAGCACCAACCCGGAGGAGGCAAGGAAGCAGAUGAACCCAGAGAUUGCUCUGAAUUCUGAUCACCGGGCGUAAAAGAGCA